AUGGAAUUUGAGGAGGAAUUAGAUCAAGCAGAUAGAUUGACGAAAGAAAAACAAGAAUGGGUAAAACAGUUUCGUCUUAAAUUCUGUGUUCGUCCUGAUUUUGAAAUUACAAAAAACAUGAUCUUUCCAGAUGGCACUUUAAAUCAAGAUUAUUUUCGUCCUCCAAAAGGUGUUAAACAAGAAGAGCGUAAAUGGACAGAAGUUGAAAGGGGGCUGCUUAUACAGGGAAUUGAAAAAUACGGUAUUGGCCAUUUUGGAGAAAUAUCAAAAGAUCUUUUACCGAGAUGGUCUACCAAUGAUUUACGUGUCAAGUGUAUUCGAUUAAUUGGACGACAGAAUCUUCAAUUAUAUCGGGACUGGAAGGGGAAUGCCGAUGACAUUGCACGAGAAUAUGAAAAGAACAAAGAAAUUGGAUUAAAAUAUGGGUCAUGGAAACAAGGAGUGCUCGUCUAUGAUGAUGACGGCAAUGUAGAAAGGGCUUUAUUAGAAUAUCAUAAUAAUUGUAAAUAA